GCCAUGCAUGGACAUACCGGUACGGCAUCUACUGUACCGCGAUCGGUGCGACCAUUUUUUCGGGCCGCUUGCACAGUGAUGAGGCGCGACGAUGGAUUCUCAGAGGAACCGUAUCACGGACUACUGCGUUCUACUGCGUUCGCAUUCACCGAGUUGCGCGACCCAUCGAUGACGGCGAGCCUCGAUGCCAAGCCCGUGGCACCCACAGGACGCUGGCCGCCGUCCAAGCGAUGUACGCUUAUCCUGGUCGCCGUCGUUGUUUGCCUCUCUGCAAGCAUCGCCACGGUGGUAUGCGCGCUCACGACGCCGCGAUACUACGCCGUCACCGAGACCGACGUCUCGUACGAUGGCCACAAUGCGUCCGUGGUCGCGCCCAUGACGCUCGACGGUUGCGCCAGCCUCUGCACCCGGCUUGGCACGGCGUGUCAAGUGUACGUGUGGUGCAAUAGUUCCAGCAACGCCACGUGCAUCAUCAAGGACUCGGUCGGUGUCCGCCGCGCCCUGCCCGGCGCCGUCGCGACGCGGCGCUGGCCAACGUCGCUGCGGCGAUCGCCGCGCGCCAUUCUCUUUGGAACGUCCGAGGGACCGUAUCCACUGCCGACAGUCGCCUAUAGCUACGUCCGCGGUGCGCUCUGGCUCGACGAGACGAACGCAGCUACCGACACGUGGCCGCAGCACACGUUCACGCACGUCGAGUCGAUCGGGGAGUGCGCGCAGCUGGCCACGACGGUGGAUCAACCGCUCUUCUCGUACAUCACAACAACGCGCCUCUGCUCCGUUUUCGAGUACGACGCAGCAAACCAAUCGACGCGUCAGAGCUACAUGCGCAUGAAGGACGGUCGCGAUGUGCUCUUUGAGACCAUUCCCGCUGCGUUCCGGAUCGCGACGGCGGCGCUGGCGCCGACGCUUUCCGAGUGCGCUACGGCGUGCGCUACCAACCCGUUUGGGUGCGUCGGGUACCAUCUCGAGCGCGACGGUCGCUGCCACUUCGUGGCACCGACGGCGCAGCGAGCCAAAAGCAGCAUCGCCGGCUGGGUACACGCGCCGCUCCGACACCACGUGACAGACGACCACCGCCGCUACGUGACAAUGCGCGGGUACCGUUUGAGCGCACCGCCUGCCGUUGUCGUGCCAGCUGCGUCUCUCGAGGCCUGCGCGGUGGCCACGGCGCGCGCAAAUGCCAGCGUCUUUGCCUACACGGCGUCGACGGGAUCGUGUGAAGUUGUGCCGUUGCAGCCAAGCACGGCGAUCCUCGCGCUGCGCGACUACCCCAAAGUCCCUGCGCAGUUUCUUGACGCAGGGCUUCCGCUCGACACGAUCACAUCCGUGUCCGUCGACUCGGCGGCGGCGUGCGCAGUCCAUGCACUCUGCGUCAUCUCGCGCAACGAGUGCGUCGCCACGAGCUUUGAACCGUCGACACGCCGUUGUUCACUGCUCAAAGCAACACGCAGCCUCGACCCGGUCACUACGAUCGGGUGGCUACCGCCGGUGGCGCUCCCGACAGCGAUGAACUCGGUGACGAAAGCUGCUUUCUUUGUCACGGCCCACCAAGACGACCACGAGCUCUUCAUGAGCGGCCCGUUUUUAUCGAGCCUCGGCGAACGCAGUACGAAGACGGUUUCUGUGUAUUUGACCGCGGGCGAUCUCUACACAAUGCUCAAGUGGCCGGCGCGGGAACGCGCGACCUUGAUGGGGACACAAGCCGCUGUCGAGUACCAUGGCCUCUACCACCCGGUCGCCGUGACGACCAACGAGACGAUCAGGACGCAUGUCGUGACCAAAGUCGUCAUCGGCAACGGCGUGCACUACUGCUUGCGCCUGCCCGAGAGUGGUUCCCACCACUUUCUGAACGCGUCGCUGGCAAAUACGAGCCGACUAUGGCUGUCGCCGGUCGACAAGCAAGACGAGUACUACAGCUCGUACGCCGACGUGCGGGCAGUGGUGCAAACGAUCGUGGAGCGCGAGGCGGCGGGCAUGACCGAGCUGGCCUUCCACACGUCGGAGCCGCUUCCGUCCAAAGCGGCGGUGCCAGACCAUACGUUGCACCGCCUCUCGGGCGAGCUCACCUUGGCGAUCGUGUCGAGCCAUGUCAACUGGUCGACGUGCGCCCACAUGCAGUUUUACUAUGGGUACCAGAAAUGGGAGGACGCGGCCGAUUUGGACCCGACGACAGCGGCGUUCCAGCGACACAUGUGGAUGCGCGAGUUCGCCGGCGUCAUGAACCUCAAAAACACGACCAAUGGCUGGGACUUUCACGUCAAGCAGCUCGGGCGACUGUACAUCUCGCGGUCGAUUCUGCCGACGACUGCUUCGUGCAUAUAGCCUACGGGACGUCCAUGCAGCUAACGUUUAUGUAUACCUGUCGUGUGCUUGA